AUGGAUAAGGCUGAGUACUGCAAAAAACUAGGCAACCUCUUGAUGGACGAGGAAGCUUAUGCGCCAUCGACUGUCAGCAAGUUCAAAAAGCUCGUAAACAGCAUAAACAAGACGAUCGGCAAGCUGAGGAAGGCGGGCGCUCUUACUAGAAGGGAAGCGCUGGCCGCAAAAGCCAGUGAUGCCGCAAUGGCGCGCUUCUACGGCUUACCAAAGGUCCACAAGUCGAGAGUGCCGUUACGCCCCAUCGUCUCCUUACGUGGUACCCCAACCUUUGGGCUGUCAAAGUGGCUGUACCAGCGACUUUCUUUCCUUACCAAGGAUUCAGAGUGGACAGUGAAGUCGGCUGAAGAGUUUUUGGCACGCAUCAAACGUCUGGAAGUGGAGGCAAAUGAGGUGAUGGUGUCUUUUGACGUGAUCUCAUUGUUCACCUCGAUCCCACCCGCGCUGGCUAUCGACACUAUUGACGGUUUUCUCCGGGAAAAGUAUGAUGAGACCGACCAACAGCUCAAACGAGCACACAUCAUCGAGCUCCUAGAACUGUGUCUUAAGACGUUCUUUACAUUCAACGGCCAGGUCUACGAGCAAAAGAAGGGGACACCGAUGGGCUCGCCUCUAUCUGGAUUAAUUGCCGAGGCGGUUUUGCAGAGGCUUGAGCGGCUGGUCUUCAGCUCGUAUCCCCCAAAAUUCUGGGCCAGAUACGUCGACGACACUUUCGUUAUCAUCAAAAGGAGCGAUGUGCAGAGUUUCAAGGCACUGUUGAAUUCAAUCUUUCCCGACAUCCAGUUUACCAUGGAAGAAGAGCUCAACAAUCAGCUGGCCUUCCUUGACGUACAAGUGACAAAGCUGGAGGACGGUAAGAUAAGGACAACGGUCUACCGUAAGGCAACUAACACCAGGCGAAUCCUCCACUUCAAGAGCAACCAUCCCGUUGGUCACAAACGCAGUUGUGUCAGGACCCUCUUCCAACGCGUUCGAACACACUGCAGCGACGACAGUGGGAGGAAGGAGGAGAUUAAGUACUUGCACGCCCUAUUUAAAGCCAACGGUUAUCCCAAGUCCUUCAUACGCAAGUGUCUUAAGAAGCCCCACCCUGAGCGGUCGGACGGAGAAAACCCGAAAUUUUGGCUCGCAAUCCCUCAUGUGAAAAACGUGUCAGAGGCGACGGCAAGAAUCCUGAAGCCUUUCGGGAUCGGAGUGGCUCAUAAGCCAGAGUCAACAAUCAGACAACAAAUAAUGAGGCCCAAAGACCCGCUACCGGUGACAGAACAAUCAGCGGUGCUCUACAGCAUACCAUGCCAAAACUGUGAUGCAAGGUAUGUUGGUGAAACGGGCAAACGUCUUGGCACAAGAUUGCAUGAACAGCAGCUUGCAAUCAACCGCAAGGACAAGCUGUCUAUGGUUUAUGGCCACGUCAAACAGCAGAAUCACAAUUUCGCCUUUGAAAAGGCAAGGGUAAUUGGCCGAGCCAAUGAUAAGAUGGCCAGACUAGUGCUCGAAAUUUGGUCCUCGACUGGCACACUCAACAGAGCCAUAGAUCUGCAUCCCGCCUAUCAGGCGCUACGCACAAGGCUCGAGUCCGUGCGGGCAAGGCCAUCAGGACAGUCGAGCAAAGUGACGCGUGGCCGACGGCCGAUGUCAGCAGAAAUUGAGAGAGAAGCCGGCCGGGGGUCAUGUGACCAGCAUGCGACGCCACCUCACCGCAACGCCCACGAGGCUGAGAUCAACUCACAUGAGCCCCAACAACUGAUCAGUCCGUUGAGUGACGAGGGGGAGGCCGACAAACAUGCUGGCUCACCAACAAUUACGACGGCCGAAAAGGGGUCAUUAGUGGCAGGAGCCCACCGGCGGUCAAUCGUGGAGAGGUCAACGCUAAUCGGCGGCGAACGGGCAGGUCAAAGUUCGUGCCUCGCGGACGGAUAUAAUACCAGGCAGGUAUCAAGGCUGACGCAAUCAAGACCAACGGGAACAGUCAACGCAUUACUCUGA